CUGGGGGCAACUGCCCCCUUCCCCAGACUCCUGCGGCCAGAGGCCCAGCUUUGAGAGCCUUUUGUGUUUCAAGAGCCUGAGAAGGUGAUCACACCUCGAGCAGAGGCAGGGGGAGCAGGUGUGUUCUGUACGGAGCUGGGGCUGCUGAGCGGAGCUCCUGGGAGCCGUCACACUCCGUUGGAUUCCGGAAAGGGGGCCCUUUGAGGACUACUUGGCGCUCAAAGAGAUUUUAGAGGCCUUCGUCUGGCUGUGCCCUCUCGCUUCCCCCUGAGGACCCAGAGAGGUGGACGUCUUGCCUGAGGCUGCCCUGCUUAUUUGGGGGCAGAGCCGGAGAUAGAAUCUGAUUUUCAAGACUCUCAUUCCAAUGCUCUCUCUCUCUUCUCUCUUUCUCUCUCCCUCUUGGUUGCAAACCCCAUGAUUCUUCUGGAGACACAAAGGGGAAUUUUUUCCAGAGUGGGGCAUGAAGGGAUGGGUUGGUCCCGGCAGAAAUGAGCUCCAGGAUGUCUCCCCAUCCUCACCACCAUCAGUAUUCCACGAAUGAAGCUGGGAACCCACAAUGGUAUACAUUGGAGAGGGGUCACCCAAAGAUCCUUCCUCCACUGCCCACCCCGACCUGUGCUCCAGGCUUCUGCAUGACCUUGAGAGCAAUCGUUCUAAGGCUGACAUCCCCGUGACUCAUUCUGGGGAGGGCUGCAGGCCCCAAGAUGAAGCUGCAUUUCCCAAGGAUUCAAGGAGCAGCCCCAACGGCCUGGAAAACCUGGGAAGCUUACCUGGAACCAUACCAGAAAGUUCCCCAUCACUUAGUGAAAGAAACGGAAGAAUAAAUUCAGACCUAGUGACCAGUGGAUUAAUCCAUAAACCCCAACCCCUAGAAAGCCGAGAGCGACAAAAGUCAUCAGACAUUCUGGAGGAAUUAAUUGUUCAAGGAAUAAUACAAAGCCACAGCAAAGUAUUUAGAAAUGGAGAAUCCUAUGAUGUCAUGGUAAGCACGACGAUGCCGCUGAGAAAGCCACCAGCCAGGCUGAAAAAGCUUAAGAUCAAAAAGGAAGCAAAGGCUUUCACGAUGAACGAUCUGGAAGAGAAGAUGCGGGCGGUGGAGAGCCGCAGGAAGACUAAAGAAGAAGACAUACGAAAAAGGCUAAGGAGCGACCGACUUUUGUCCCCGGCCAAUCAUUCGGAUGCAGCCCAGAGGGGUAGGGCUGAGGUUCCCUUUGGCCAAGGACUGGAUGCUGUGGGUUCGGUGGUGGUUGAGCCUCCCCAACCACAGGGGGGAAGGCCCUUGAAGAGGAAGAAAAGCAAUACAUCCUCAAGUGAAAGAAACUUUGGUUAUGAAGGGUUUGGGGUGGUGGAGUCAGACUUGUCCUACAACCAAGUGGAUGAUGUGUUUGAAUAGGUCACCUUGCUGGAAUCUCAUGAAGCAGCACCCAUUGUCCCCACUUGUGACACUCUCGUCUGUCUUGUGCUUUUCUGAAGGCCUGAACUCACCCCACUGGGUUGCCCCGGGGGUGAGGGGUGAGGAAGGAUUGUAUGAGCUGCCCGAGCUGAACUCAGCUGAGGGAAUUCAAUGCCGAUGCUAGCAAAAGGGGAAAAAAAAAAAAAAAAAAAAAAAAACAAGAUUUGACUCACUUCCAUAUUAUAAAGUUGGCUUUCUCCUCCAGUGAAGCUUUAGACAUCGUGAAGAUGUCUUUAUGAAUACUUUCCAGCUUAUAUCAAUGUGCUUGUGCCAGAUGAAACCCUUCUUUUUGGCUCUGGGCCCUGCGCUGUGCCCAUCCUCUGAGGGUCCCUUCCGACAAACUACAGGGAUGUGUUUUAUGCAUGUUAAUGACCUGUAUGCUUCUGA